ACCAACUUUCAAAUCAACCUUGACCAUUGGAUUUGGCUGAGAUUAAAUCUCAGCCACUUAAACUCAUAAAAGUAACUUCCAUGAUGGCAGUUCAAAACAGUUGUUUACAGUUUCUUCAAUAGGUGGUUACCACCAUCUUUUUCUGCUCAUUAUCUCUACAAUAAGCAGGUGGUUUUCCCCACUCAUGACCUCCACAACUGGAUCCUCCUACAAUCCUGGUAAACCGCCAAUUCAACUGCCCCACUCUCCCCUAAUUUUAGGGUUUCAAGAGGUUAAAUAUAGAAUGAUGAUCGCAAGAAGGAAAUCUGAAGUGGAGUUCUCCUUGACGACGGUUCCCCCAAGCUCUUGUAAUUGGCGAUUUGUGCAAAUUUUUCCGGUCUCAAAACAUCCCCUGUUUCGGUUCAAAAGUUAGCCUGGUGCUAAUAUGUGUCUAAUCUUUUAAACGAGGCAUACAUUGUCAUUGAAACUUCAAAUAUUCCGCAUCCUUGUAAUGUUCUUAUUUUUGGUUACGUUAGAGCUGUGUGUUUGAAAGAUGGGUUGUAUAUGUAUCGAAAAUGGUGGGUAAAGGGGCUACACCUGAUUUUAAUUUGUGGUGAAGAUUUUAAUUUGGGUUUGGGAGGGUGGUUCAUGAAUCUAUUGUGAAUGUAGGUUUGGAAUGGAAUUUGUUUGUGCGUGUAAGGCGUUGAUGUUUAUGUAAGUGAAAUGUGGGGUCUUGAAUGUUGCACGCAAGUUGUUCGAUGAAAUGCCUGUGACAGUUAAAUCCUCCAACCGGUACAAUUUGUCAUGUGUGAUUUUUUAUGUUUAAUCAAAGUCAAUAUCAAAAGCUUGAAAGAGAAUGAACUGGAUUGUCUAAGGGCUCAGAUAUGCUUAACAAAGAAGGGCGCGUGUCUCUUGACACAACUUUAGAACGAUCAUAUUUUUGGAAACAGUUUGUAAUGAUCGCUAGAUAAUUGAAAGAAAUAUCCGACUCAAGAUUCAUCAGAGUCCCGAUAGAGUGCCGAUGCUGAUGAGCCAAAUGUUGAAGCUGGGUAUCAGGACUUUAAACGUCGGCUUGAUAAUUACGAGAAGGUUUAUGCGCCGGUUAAUGACGUGAUAUAUAUGGUUAGUGGCCAUGGGGCCAGAUACAAGCUGUUCUAAGAGAUUUAUGUGCCAAAUCUGCAGAUAGGCCAUUGAAAGAAAUUCCACACAUAGAGAUGCCACUUCAUAUGAUAAUCGAGAUACAAAUGGGAGUGACUGGUGUGCAGGAGAAAUGGUACAAACUCAUGGAUUGAUGAACAUGGAAACCAAGAAAUGAAUUUUUAGUUUGAAGGAAUUCUGGGAAUAUGUAAUUCAAGUAACAUUUGUUAAUGGAAGGAUCUCCUAUAUUCAUGAAGGUGCUGAAUUUCUUGCAAGGAUCACAACUGAUGAAUGGGUUAGCUUAUAGAAGAUUUAAAUUUGAAAGAGCUUGCACUUCAAUACUUCGAACCAAUGAUAUACAAAGAUUUAGAUACUCCCAAGAACAGUUCUUUGCAGGUUGAUGGAAGCCACUUUCUAGAACUCUUUCGGGCCAGCAUCUGCCCGACUGAGGUUUCGCAAAAUAAGUUUGUGGUCAAGGAGCCGCACAUGUUUCGUUCAGUAUCAGAAUUAAAAGAGUCUGGUGUCAAAGUCAAAAGGGCGGAAAACUGUCAACCGUUAGAAGUAAGGUUUAAAAAGGGGGUUCUGAAGAUUGCUCCUGUGAGCAUGGAUGACUACAAGUUCACAUUGUUUAGAAACAUGGUGGCCUUUGAGCAAUGCCACUCUGGCUGCAAACCACAUGUAACGGCUUAUGUAUUCUUUCUUGAUAGGCUAAUAAACUCUGGUGAGGACAUAGAAUUGCUUCAUUAUCCAGGUGUUUUGCAACAUACUCUAGGUGGGAAUAAACACGCAGCAAGACUGGUGAACAAGCUCUGUAAAGAGGUAGCUGGGGCCGCCGAUGACUCAUAUUUACGCGAUGUGCUUUGGGAGAUCAAUUGCUAUUGCAACGAUGGGUGGAAUCAAAAGAGAGCGAAACUGAAGCAUGAAUAUUUUUACAAUGUUUGGGUAUCAGUAGCGACUAUAGCUGCUAUUAUAGUCAUUUACCUUACCAUACUUCAAACAGUUUGGGGGCUCGGAGAAGAUGGUAACCGAACUCACAUGCUCCGAACUGGUUUCUGGCGUUCCAUGGCAGAUGCUUUUGCUAUACCAUUUAGACGUGCCAAUCCCGAUGCAGAAGCUGUUGCUAUACCAUUUGGAGGUGCCAAUCCCGAUGCAGAAGCUGUUGCUAUACCAUUUGGAGGUGCUAAUCCAAACGCAGAAGUUGUUGCUAUACCAUUUGGAGGUUUUAAGCCAUCUAAGAAGUCAUUUGUGCCUGUCAAAAAUGAUCUUGAGAUCUUUAAAUGGUUCUUCAGUCAUGAAGAACGUGACGACAUGAAUCCUUUCUUCUUCAUGUUGUUUUAAUAUGCAGGAAGAUCCUUUUUUUCGAUUUCAUUUUCCAUGAUUGUCCGGUUAUUGCAAGGAAAAUAAUGCAUGUGUUAUCUUUCAUGUAUGUUCUUUCUCAGGAAAGUAAUGCAAGUUCUACAUGAUUUCCAACUAUAUGUUUAUUUAUUUAUUUAAAAGUC